AUGGAGACGAAAGUCGUUUUUUGCUCCCACCAAACCACGACGCCGUCCUCGCCGCUCCCCGCGACAAUACGGGUGGACGGCAACACGGUGCAGUUCAAUUGCCCCCAGCCCCUGAGGGAUGCCGGAUUUCCGGUUGCUGAGGCCUCGUUUGACGUCGAUGUGGCGUUGGACGUGCCGGACGCAAGUACACUCUUCCGAAAACUGUUUGCCACUGCCGCCUCCAACUUUACUCAGGAACGCAAGAACAUGGUGGCCUUCAGCUACGGCGUGCGUUCGUCACCAAAGCGACAACUCAUGUACGGCUCUGCAGCUGGUGAAGGAUAUGCUGCCCGAGUCAUCACUGAAGUUAUUCAGUCGGCCGCCAAAAAGGGCAUUUUUGCCCUCUCGUGCUACGUCAUUGGGUCAACAGAGCACCUUGCAGACCUCCUUAACGUCGACAACGAGCUCGGAGUUAUUGUCGACUCCGUGAAGGAGGGACCGCGUGUGCGAAUGGUGGCGCGAAUUCGUGUCUCAUCGGCCGGCGACGUUCGAGCGGCGAUGGACACUAUUGUCAAAAACUAUGAGAAAUACUUUGCCUCCGUGCUGUGUGAAAAGCAGCCAACGCCUGAGCUGGAGGCAAUUCCUUCCUAUUUGCCCGAUACCGUCGUUCUUCAGCUUUACCGCUAUGAUGGUGAGGCGGAGUUUGCAGAUUAUAUGGAUGCAAACUCCCUGACAUUUGUCGCCUUGGGAGAUGCCGAACGGCCCGUUUUAUGUGGCAUUGACGCCACCGCGCAGCUACACUACGAAAGGGCCCAACGAACAUUGGUGUCGGCAGCAGGAAUUGUCUCCAGCAUUCGCUGCAGUCGUCUACGCAUUCCCUUCGGCAAGUCGAAACUCAGUCAGUUGUUGCGCCGAGCGUACAAUGCGGAAAAAGGCAACCCCAACAACAGCCUCAAUGGUUCUACCGAGACGGUUUUAUUGGUUCACGCCUUUUCGGAUGCCGUGUGGGCGGAGGAAUCGUUCCAUUGUCUCUCCAUGACUCGUCGUGUUGGCAAUAUUCUUGGCUCAACCGGAAUUGGAUCCGUUACAAGGGAUCUUGCCGUUGACAAGUGGCGUCUUGAUCAGGACAUCAUGGAGUUGCGGGAUGAACUCAUGAUUGCCCGGACCGUGUACGACUACAGGCCUUGUAUCUAUGAGUCCAACAAGCCCAUUUCAAACAUAAAGGAGGAAGAGAUGAAGCGCAUAAACGCCAUUCAGAGCAAACGUGAGGAGGCGCGGGAACGGCAGCUGAGUUUGGUUCGCGAGCGUGCCAAGAAUGAGGCGGAGAAGAUGAUAAAAGAGCUUGAGCAGAGAAGUGGGACCACGUUGGAUGAACUUGAGAGGACUCUGGAGGCCAAAAAGAGGGAGAGCAGUGCUCUGCAGGCCGACCGCGAAAAUCGCAUUCGGGAGUACGAGCAGACGUUGGAGAAGAUCCGAAAGAAGAAACAGGACGAGGAGAGUGCCUCGGAGAGGUUGCGGCAGGAGAUGCAGCAGCUGGAGCAAGAACUCAGCCUACGGCAGAGCGCCAUUGAGACGAAGAAGAAGCAACUCGAGAUGAUUCAACUUGACAGGGCGAAGGGGCGAGAGGCCAUCAUGCGGGAACGGCAGUCCAUUCAGGCGAUGCGAAAGACCGUCCUGGAGGAGCGGCGUCGCCAGCGGAGGCAGUGGAUCCAUCAGAUUAAGGAAAUGAAUGCAAAAGUACUGGAACAGGUGCGUCUGUUGGCCGAGGAGCGGAAAAAGAACUGCGAGCAGGCGACAGCCAAGGAGGACGCCGCCGAGAGGGCUCUUGUUGCUGACAUCAAAACGAUCGAGGAGUAUUUGCCGAAGCUCAUUUCCCUUGAAGACAUUCCUGUGAAUCCGGAGGAGACGGACAUCAUUCGACGCCAGUUCGACGAGGUCUUCGCGCAAGAAAAACAGACAUAUUUGGCCAGGCUUGAAGAGGAAAAGUCCCGCAAGGAGAAGCUGGAACGAGGACUCGAGGUGUAUCGACAGCGUAUGCUUGAUGAUUACGUGGCAAAGAAAAACGAAAAACUGCAUGACGCCGAGACAAAGGAACACCACCUCAGUUCUCUUGUGGAUCAGGUGCUGAAUUACUUACGCAACGGGGUCCGCAUGACAAAGAUAUCAAGCAAGGGCAAUGCUCGCAGACGCCUAUAUUUUCUCUCGGAGGACUGCAAACGUAUUCAUUCCUGUGAGCUGGACCAUCAGGGAUUCCCGUUAAAUCGCAAACGGCCUCCAGUCACCAUUUGGAUACGUGACAUCAGAAAAGUUCUCAUCGGCCUGUACACAACCUCAUUUGUGAACUACAGCAACGAGGCACAGCUGGCAAAAACACGCCAGGAGGCAGUUUCUGACAAUGGGACGUACCGCCAUGAUCCCACGCAAAACAUCACUCCAUCCAACCUUGGAAUAAACAACUACCGCGCAUUCGCACUUUUACUUCGCGGCGGGAAAUCAUUGGAAGUGGUUUGUGAGACUGACAGCGACUGCGAGGCCUGGCUUGUUGCUCUCAAGCGUCUACUGCAUUUGAAGACUCCUGUGGAAAGGCUUCUUGAGGAACGACGGGGUACGUCAAGAGACGCACGUGCGCAGCCGAGCGAUAAUGACGUGGAAAUGCGGUGGGGUGGCCCACUUGACAUUCGCAAUAUGCGAGGAUUUGUUUCUUUGGCCCCCGAUGAAGCAACUCUUUGCGGCGAGAACCACAUUCCGCCAGCCCUCUUCCUUCGGGUGAAACAGGAGCUGGCGGAAAAGUCUCAAAGGAGCACAAUAACCGCCUAUGACGUCCGAGUUUGCUCGGGCCUGGAUCUGUUCCGCUCUGGCCAACUUUACGACUACUUGUGCGAAAAGCGUGUCGUUCCGCUUCCGUACUAA